GCCGUAUAUUUGAUGCUUGGUGGUGUAUUGCUUGUUGGUUUGUGUGCAAGUGGAAGUGAUUAAUAAAAACUGUGAUUGUUGAACGAGAAUCUGACCCAAAAGUCCCUUCACUUUCCUGUCCCCAAGAAAAUUCAAAUCACAAAUAUGGACGGGCGCCUUGAGCAGAAUCGUUUGAACGAUGAUUCAAAUUUACAGAUUACCAUUAGACUGAUAAUGCAAGGAAAGGAGGUCGGCAGUAUUAUUGGGAAAAAAGGAGAAAUUGUUAAGAGGUUUCGAGAAGAGAGUGGUGCAAAAAUAAAUAUUUCCGAUGGAUCGUGCCCGGAAAGAAUUGUUACAGUCAUAGGAUCAACAAAUGCAAUUUUUAAAGCUUUUACACUAAUAUGUAAAAAAUUCGAGGAGUUUCAGGAGAUCAAUAGUGGUAGCAGCUCGGUACCACGUCCUCCAAUCACACUACGCCUAGUAGUUCCAGCCAGCCAAUGCGGCUCUUUAAUUGGAAAAGCAGGGUCCAAAAUAAAAGAAAUAAGAGAAGUAACUGGAGCGUCAAUACAAGUCGCCUCUGAGAUGUUACCCAACUCUACGGAGAGAGCUGUCACUAUUUCUGGUACCGGAGAAGCAAUUACGCAAUGCAUUUAUCAUAUAUGUAAUGUUAUGCUCGAGUCCCCUCCCAAAGGUGCCACAAUUCCCUACCGCCCCAAACCCCAAGUAGGUGGUCCCGUAAUCCUAGCCGGUGGACAGGCCUACACUAUCCAAGGCAACUACGCCGUUCCCGCCCAUACAGACGUAAGUAGCUCAACAGUAAUGCCCCCCCUAUUCGCUCCUGCCCAUCCUACCCCCCACCCACUGCCAUUUUGCCAUCCGCUGACAGCAGCGGCUGCCCCGGCGCAGCUUCUUGCUGCUUCUUUUGAGCCGCUCAAGAACGGACAUUUGCAGGCCGCCCUUCCGCCCGCGCAUCUCUUGCCAGAUAUCGCAGGUUUGGGUAAAGGUCCUCUUGCAGGUCUAGCUGCAUUAGGAUUGGGUGGAUUAGCCCCUGGGGGUGCAGGAGGAUUGAAUCCAGCAGCUCUGGCUGCUUUGGCAGGCUCGCAGUUAAGAACCGCAAAUUCCAGAAACCAGCAGAACUCAAACCAACAGACUCACGAAAUGACCGUUCCAAAUGAAUUGAUCGGUUGCAUUAUCGGUAAAGGAGGCACCAAAAUUGCAGAAAUAAGACAGAUUUCCGGAGCCAUGAUCCGUAUAUCAAAUUGCGACGACAGAGAAACCGGAACAUCGGAUCGUACGAUUACAAUCACUGGAAAUCCUGACGCAGUAGCCUUGGCGCAGUAUCUCAUCAAUAUGAGCGUCGAGUUGCAGAAAGCUAACCUUGAGGCCCAAAACUCUCCCAGUACCGGCCAGCCCUCUAACACAAACACCACUAGUACCACCAAUGCCGCCUCUACCCUGACUAGUGCCAUCCCCAUUGCGCAGCUGUUAGCCAAGCCUGGCGCCCUCAAUGCGUUAACUAGUCUUACCGCGUUGGGGGGGCUUACGGAGCUACUCAGCGGCCAAGGGGGCGGUCCUCCCUCCAUCCAGACUACCGGUGUCCACCGUGCCCACAAGAGCUAUACGCCCCGCAUGCGUUCUCCCGGUGGUGGAAAUGAAGGAAGCAGAAUCAAGAAUGAAAGAAGCAAGUUUAAUCCGUAUUAGGUGGCAUAUUUUAGUAUUUACGUUUUGACUUUUCUAAAUAUUAGGUGUAACUUAUCACUGAUUUUAUACAGAAUUUUUUAAUUUAGUGUUAAAGGUUAAGUCUUGUUUCAUUGAUAUGAGGCGAUUAUUUUUUAGCACAUAUGUCAUUCUUAUUUACACUUAUUCAUAUCCUGCUCUCCUUAUACACUUAUACCUCUUUUUUUUUCUAAAACCGUACCAAAGUAAGUAUACCAAACGUGAUCUUACAGAGAGUAUUACGUUCGUCACUCUAGUUUCCUUUUUCACCUUGAUGUCCUUGUAUCUACUUUUUAUUCAAAAACUUUAUAUUUAUGUUUUUUAUGCUCUCUAUAAUUUCGCUUAUUGUAUAAUGUGUAAAUAAUGAUAAAAUAAUAAUCGUUUCAUAACUCGAGUUUAAGAUGCUAUAGCGUUAGAUCUGAGAAAUUGUAGGGACCAAUUUUUUAACAAAAUAUAAAUUUAAAAGGGGGGCAAAACGAUAAAGAGGAUUUUAAUUUAUUCAUUAAAAAUUAAGGGUAAGUGGCGGUAACGGGUAAAGGUUUUGUAACUCAUAUACUUGAAAAUUUAUAUCUAUUUGAGACUGUUUUGCUAGUCAUACCUCGAAGAUAGUAUAUCAGAACGUGUGCAGUGGAAUUAAAAGCACACUUUGUAUAAAAUCAGUGACUUUGUAUGUAAGAGUUAGUUUGUAAGGUUAUAUUAUUUUAUACUUUUUAUAUAUGUUAUUGUAUAGGGUGGUUUAAUUUCAAAUACGGUUUUUUACAGUGAUUUCAUUUUAAAGAAUCUUUCAAUAGAAAAGCAAACCAAUGACAACGUCAAACUGGUUAAAAAAAUAUGAGAACCAGUUACUCAAACUAAAGUAGAAGUGAAAAACUAUUUUAAGCUAUAUUAUCGGACACGCCUAGUAUAUUACUUUUUAUGCUUUUUAUCAUUCAAAGGGACAUGGUCUCCAUUCGUGCAAUCGAUUAAUUUGUAUGUUCAGAGAACUCAACGUUCCUUACUCCAAGUUCUAGUAAAUAAUCCUGCGGUAUUCUGUCUUGCAACUACCAUCAACUAGGCUGACUAGUAUUAUUUGCUCAGUAUUUAGCUUCUUAUUUGUUACUAUUGAACACACCUAAUAUAUUACUUUUUAUGCUGUUUAUCAUUCAAAUGGACACGGUCUCUAUUAGUGGAAUCGAUUAAUUUGUAUGUUCAGGGAUCUCAACGUUCCUUAUUCCAAGUUAUAGUAAAUAAUCCUGCAGUAUUCUUUCUUGCAGCUACCAUCAACUAGGCUGACUAGUUAAUACUUUGCUGUAAUAAUAGCAUCUUCCUAGAGGAAAGACAAGUGUUUCUCGCUUGUUCCAACUCACCAAAGAUCACUAAUGUUAUUUCCUUGAACAAAUUUCUUUUUCUGACAUAACUCUCUUCUAUAACUUCUGUAACUCAGGACAAGCUGGUUUCCCUGUUUUGGCACAGGUAUCAUUUCCGAAUUUUUAUUUGUGCCAUUGUAUUUUGCUUAAUUUUAUUUUCUUCGAUUAUUUGGACGAUUAAGCGAUGCAUGCUUCCCUUCCUAUAUGAUGUAUUCAUCAAAUAUGAAAUUUCCUUAUAUUUGAUGUUUUACAGUGUCGAAUGGCUUGCAAUGGUCUAUGAAGUUAGAUGUAUGUAAAGAUUUAUGCAUACACAUCUUCUGAAUCUAAGUGUUAUCUUGUGUGCAUCUUGAAUCAUUGCUUACUUAUUUUUUGUCUUGUUUAUGUAUUCUUGUUUAUUGUUCGAUUGUGUAUGUGUCCAUUUUAAGUUUAAACAGAGCAGAAAGAUUGAGGAAUCUAUUACUGAUUUUACUUGAAGAUUGUUUGGUUCCGAGUUUUCUUUUACAUUUUUAGUAUUUUUUCGUUUUAUCCAUUAUGCGGGUUUUCUUCCAUUUUCUAAUUAAUUUCCCAUAUAUUUUGUCUUUUUUCCCUCUUUUAAUCUCUUCGUCUACCUAUUCGUUUCACGUAUUCAGUCUGCCUCUUGGUUCUUUACGUGGUGAUGUGUAGCUCCUUUUGUUUGGAAGAUUUUAGUUCUUCCUCUCUUGUUAGUAUUGUGUAGAUAAUAUAUUCCCCUGAUAUAAACAACACCUCCACAAAAAUUAUUUGAAAACGGUGGUACUACUCAAAAGAAAGGUUUUGCUUUUCUUGUAACAUAUUUGAUUAUUUGUGCCAAAGAUUUUAGAAAGGUUUUAUCCUUUUAUUUUUAUUAUUUUUUACUUGCCAACUCAAGUUUAAGUUCAACGUAUUUUUAUAUAGAUUAACACCCUAUACUUAUAUAAAAUUGUAUACAUUCGUUUGUAAAUUACUAUAUUCGACAUAUAAGUUCAUUAAAAAUGUCAUCUUU